GAGAGAGAGAGAGAGAGAAAGAGAGAGAGAGAACGAGAGCACUAAUAAUAAUAUUGGAAUCGAGAGGAAACAAAAAAAAAAAAAGGAGGAAAGGUGCUCUCUUCUUCCUCUUCUUUAGGUUUUCUUUCUUCGUCCGUGAUAUAUACACUCUACACCUACCUCCUUGGAACGCAACUUCGACACUCCUGCGAGAAGAGGAAGACGCCUCUACUACUUCUACUACUUCUACUUCUUCUUCUUCUUCAUCGUCCAUCGAACCUUAAGUUUGCUGCUUCAUCGCCAUCACCGUCGUCGUUACUCCUACUGUGCGGUACGGUAUCCUCGUCCUCGUCGUCGUCGUCGUCGUCGUCGUCGUCGUCGUUAUUGUCGUUCGUGCCAUUUCCCGAAAAGGAGCGGGUGUUUGGUACGAACCACGGACGGCCUCUGGAAAGCCUCUGGAUUUGUUGGUGGCACGUCAACCCCAAACGCGGUUUACCAUGAGUUCGCGUAAUAUACCCUCGGACAAGAUAAAUCUACGCCUCAUCCUCGUCAGUGGUAAGACAAAAGAGUUCCUAUUCAGUCCGAGCGACUCCGCGGGGGAUAUAGCGCACCAUGUGUUUGAAAACUGGCCGGAAGACUGGGCGGAAGAGGCUGUUGCCAAAGCGGAGAUCCUGCGGCUAAUCUACCAAGGUCGUUUUCUGCACAGCAAUGUCACGCUCGGUGCUCUAGGGCUUCCUUUUGGGAAAACCACGGUGAUGCAUUUGGUACCACGAGAAAAUCUUCCCGAGCCUAAUUCUCAAGAUCAAAGGCAAAAAAGUAAAGGUGGUGGUAGCAGUUGCUGCUCAGCAUCCUGCUGCAUACUUUAAUCGGCUGCCCUGGAUUUUCUGAGGUCGUGUUUAAAAGUGAGCCCAGCACGAGUACCUUCGAGCUGAGCCAUGAUUUCUAAGGUUUUAUGCUGAUGUCUAAUUGCUAGUGGCUGAGCUCAUGAGCAAUGUAGCACAAAUUACUCGGAUUCUACUCGUUUAAGUGUUGAUCGGUAGAAAAAAAUAAGAGGCAGAAGAAACGACAAUGAGGGAAAAGGAAAAGAAAUAAAAAAAAAAAGGAGAAAAGAAUGAAUUUCAAACCAAAAGAAAGAAAAAUCGAAGGCGAGGAACAAGAAAGAGCAAAAACACACAUACACGAUACGUUUAACACAUUUUCCGAUAUAAAAUGCCAUGAAAUGAAAAUAGAGAAAAAUAGAGUAUGAAAGAAAAAAAGCAAAAGUAAUAUUUCUUCAUUUUAAAUAAUAAAAUACAUUUUUAUCCGCAAAAAUAUAAAAUUAAUGAAAGUGUAUAUAUAUAUAUAUAUAUAUAUAUAUAUAAAAUUACAUGAUGAUUAUCGAUAAUGAUUAACGAUAAUAAUUGAUCGAUAAAACUAGCACGAUGACGUCCACAAAAUAGAAGAAGUUACUAUUAUUAUUGAAAAGAGUAAAAAAUGCGAUUGUGGAGUUCGAGCAAAAGCGUAUUGUCGUCUCUAAUUUUCGUUUCGUAGCGAGAACAUAUGUCACGCGUAUAAUUUAUACAAUGGGACAUAGUUCAUCCAUACAUAUAGACACACACAAACACAUGCACACACACGUACAAAGAUACACGCAUACAUGUUGCUCGAUGUCUUCUGCACUGAAUAAAAAAUGCUUGUUUAUAGUCUUUCGAUCGAGCCAACGGGUGCUAUAGCCAUCUUGGAUCACGCUCGAUUGAUCGAUAGAUCAUCGUGACCGUGCAGGCAAGAUGAUCUAAAGAUCUUAAGAUCUUGUGCCCCGAUCUUCGAGUGUAUCCUUUGCUAUCGCCUUGUAAGAGAGAAAGAGAGCGAGAGAGAGAGAGAGAGAGAGAGAGAGAGAGAGAGAGAGAGAGAGAGAGAGA